AUGCCGAUUCUUUCUACCGAUACACUCGAGCCCGCAGCUGGCCAUGUGAUAGACACCAAGAAACCUCAUCUCGUCUUUGGUGCCACUCCUGUAGAUGGUCACACAUACCCUCUCAUCCGAAUCGCCGAAGACCUCGCCCGUCGAGGUUUCGAGAUCACCUUCAUAGGAGGUGACCAAUUCGAGCCUGCCAUUACCAAGAUGGGCGCUAGACAUGUUAGUAUCAGACCUUUGAUCAACCCCAAGAUAGUGGCAGAACGUGAGGCCAUUCCUGCUGGUCUUCCUCGGCUACUGUGGGAUAUCAAGCAUGUUUUUACGGGCGAGACUCCCCAUCGCUGGGAAGUUCUCAAGGGAGUCCUCGAGGAUAUCAGAGCCGAUGAUGCAGAACGUGAGGUUAUUGUCAUGCCUGAGACAUGCUUCAUGGGAGCAAAUCCUAUUUCUCUUGGUGCACCUCUCCCCAAGGGUUAUACAACCCGGCCCAAGGUGAUCAAUUUGCAACCUAUCCCCUACAUGGCUACAAGCAUCGACACUGCCCCUUUCGGUCCUGGUCUCCCUCCUGAUUCAACAGAAUCUGGUCGGGCAAGAAACCAGUUCAUGAACCAGAUGAUGGUUGGUGGUCCCUUUGCGGAGGUCAUCGCUCAUCAGGAUCAAGUCCUCAAGGAGCUUGGUGCUACUGAGAUCUUGGAACCUCAAAUCCCUUUCCAUCACUGGAUGCUCAUGCACGACUUGAAUCUCCAGCUGUGCCCUCCUAGUCUCGAGUAUGAUCGGUCUGAUAUGCCUUCAAACGUCAAGUUUGCUGGUUGCUUGACACCCAAGCCUAUUCCUGCCGACUUUGCUUAUCCUGCUUGGUGGGAUGAUGUGAAGCGGGGAGAUCGUCGCAUCGUCGCCGUGACCCAAGGAACUAUUGCUCGCGAAGCUUCCAACCUCAUUAUUCCCACCAUCAACGCUCUUUCCGACCGAGACGAUCUCCUCAUCGUCGUCAUUCUCGGCAAAAAGGGCGCUGCUCUACCUGACGACAUGACCAUCCCUUCCAACACUCGUGUCAUUGACUAUCUUCCCUACGACAUUCUUCUACCUCACGCUUCCGUAUUUGUCAUGAACGCCGGUUACGGCGGUUUCCUUCACGGCGUAUCAAACGGAGUUCCUAUGGUUCUUGCAGGAGAGAGUGAAGAUAAACCCGAGAUUGCCGCGCGUGGAGAGUGGAGUGGUGUCGCGGUCAACCUACGAACAGGAAGGCCUACUCCCGACCUUGUAAGAGAAGGUGUUGAACGGGUUCUUUCUGAAGAUAGCUUCAAGAAGAGAGUUGAAGAGAUCAAGGCGGAGAAUGAGGCGAUGAAGAUUCAUGAUUUUAUAGAAGAGCAGAUUCUUUCUAUCAGAAACUUGGAGGCAUAG